ACAUCAUGGUUUUCAUUAAAUAAUAGCAAAGCUCUGGCUCUCGGUUGUCAACACAAAUAUUUCCUUAGAGAUAAUACAUAAUUAAACAAAAACAACGAAAACAGAAGAAAAAUAAAGAGAGUGAACAUUUUUCUCCGUCAAAGCCACAUAAGAGACAUUUUAAAGUAUGAUUAUUUGUUACUAAUUCUAAGUAAUUAUCAUGAUAAUUUGUACGCUAAAAAAUUCCAGAUUAUCCUAUUGAGCCGAAGAGGAAAACUGCAACAUAUUAAUGGUUAUGUAGAUAUUACAACCUAAUCGGCGUCGUGCACACGAUCUGUGAAUAUUAAUAAGCCCCUAAUCCUUAAUACCCAGGCCUGUAAAUGAUCUAAAAAACACGAAAAAUCCACAUAUGAAUUUUUGAAAAUAUACCAUAGACUGUGAAUUUGUCAGAAGCAUGACGGGACAUCAGAUUGUUGAUAGUCGAUCUAUCGAUAGCGAGGUAUCGAGUCUGUCGCAUCACGAUUCAUCGUUAAACGAAAUCGAUCGAUGCACAUCGAAGAUCGAUAGCUCGCUCAAUUUGUACAAUCUUUCGAAAGUUGAAAAAUGCUUACUCUACUUGUACAACACGCUGGACAUUGAAGAUGAUGAUCGUUGUCGUAGAUACAAUAAUGAGUAUAAUGACCAAGACUCGACAGUGAGCAACGCCUCAGUUUUUGCAAAUUAUGCAGAAAGUGAAAACGAAAUGGACAAUGAAUACAGUGUAAAAAAUUCCAGUGAUACCGGAAAAUUGUCAUCGGAAUAUGACGUCAAACGGGAAGGCUUAUAUCAAGUAAAAACUGAGAAACCUAGUCAUAGUUACAUCGCUGAGAGAAGAAAAUACAGCAGGACGAUAAGAAAGAGGAAUAAAAAUAGUCUGAAACAAAAGUCUCGCGAUAAGAUUGCCAAAAAGUUAAAUAGCUGGGCAAUUGGUAGUAGUCGGGUGAAAUUUCACCCUUUUUUAAGAAUAUUCGACAAGAAUGGCGUUGCAGUUAGCAGAUCAGUGAAAGAUCACGACCUUCGAACCCAAAGAUAUUCGAACACGCCUAAGUUCAAUUCGUUCCUUUUAAAGGCAGCAUUAAAAUACCAGGAUCCGAAAUUACUCGCGAACGCGGUAGUUUGUGUCAAAAAAAGUAAUCCACAAACUGGACUCCGUGCGGAUGCGAAAAGAUCAGGGGCGAAUGUAGUUAGCAUGCCGGAAGAAUACUGUGCGAUUGCUUCAGGUAAUGAGUCAGACAGUUUACAAAACCUUGGAGAACUACGGUCGAAGGAACUGCAAAGUCAUAAAAAGAACGCAUUAUCGAUCGACCUGUCGACUAAAGCAGUCAAUUCAAAAAUACAUCUUUUAGAGACAAACGGUCGAAUUUUGAAUCGACCAAAGAUGAGUACCCCAUUAAUAUUCCCAAGUGAAGGCCAAGAGACUCUCGGGAUAUUUAAAAACACAAAAUCGGAAGUUGAGAAUGUCACAGUUCAAAGAACCACUGCGUCUUUAGAGAAAGAAAACGAAGUAAAACAAGAAGUUGUUAUUAUUACUGAGACAAAGCCGAAAGCAGAGUGGAAAAUUCUCGAGAAAAAAGCGGAUCAGAUCCCAGUAAAAUCUAUCGAAACAGAUGAAAUCACAAGUCAAGUCUGUUCAAGAAGGAGAUGUUCCUUUAAUUUUCAAAUUGAGGAAAAUCGACCGCAAGUAUCCGAUUUAAAUAAAAGCAUUGAAAAAAAUUCUGAGAAACUACUUAUUUCCGGAACUACCGGAAAAAUCCAACGUGAGCGUGACACAGUGAAAAUUGAUGCUACUUGGCAAGAGGCAAGGGAAACUGUCGAAAACGAGGUAAAAAUCUACAGAGAAUCAUUGGGAAGACCGAGCUGUACCGAUGAAAUGCCUUUUAUCAGACUGGCAAGGGAUUUAAAUAAGAGGAAGCAGCGGAAAGAUUACAUGAACGAUAUUUCAAGUUUCGAGACUGAAGUAAUUCACCGCUUUGACGAACCAAAAGUCGAAUCAAUCGAGUGUAGGAGUGAGGUGACUAAAAUUAAAGUAGAAACUAAUAAACUAGAUGAGGCGUCGAAGCAAUUAUCUUCAGGCAAUAAAAGUAUUACAAAAAAUGUACGGGCUGGUGCAAUUAUCAUUGCACCAACGUUGAACUUGAACUUCGGUAAAUCUGGUUCUUCGGGGAGAGUUGAUCAGCCAAAAAACGUCACGAAUUUCAUGAAACCCCCAAGAAAUAUACAGCAAUCUUUGAGAAAUGGAGAAAAUUUGAGUAGAAAUUGCCCCUUAAAUUAUUUUUCUGUGGAAGGAGCCUCGUACUCUAUUGUAGAUCUACCUGAGCCCUAUUUGAAAACUCAUCAGCAAAGAUUAGUUUUGCCCAAACCGAUGCCCCAGGAAAAACCGAAUAUCGAUUUGUACCGGCGGUAUUCGGACAGAUCAGUAGCGGCAAAUGCUGAUUCUUUGAAUAAGUCGCUGAUUCUGAGGUCUAGGUGCUCGACUGAACUAGAACGUGCCAAGAUUGAGGUUUACAAGAGAAUUUUUGAGACGAUGCUUAUCGAUCCAGAUUUCGACUUUGUCCGAGCCGAGGACCAGCUCGAAAAUAUAAAUGCUGGAUUGAUUAUCAGACAAGAAAAACGUGACAAUGGUGGUGACAUUUUUAGGAGCGUCGAGAAUAACUGCACCAUUAAUAACCCAGGAGUAAACCGCUACGACUCUUCUGUCAACAAACGAUUUCACCAACUAAAUGAUGAACAAGUUGUCCAAAAUAUGAACAAUCUAAAACGUGUUAAAAUCAGCCCGAAUUUAACGAGGAAAAAAACGGUGCUCGAUGCGCCAGCGAUUACAUUGAGAGCUGAUCAGCGAGAUAGAAGAAUCUUUUAUCGAUUUGAAAAUUAUCCGAAAUCAGCAGAUAUGUUUCGAAAUGACUAUAGUCGUCAGGGAUUGAAGGCUAAAACAACGAAGGAAAUCUUGUUCGAUUUGAAAGACUUUGUCAAUUUUCCAUCGAGUGUUACAGAAAAAAAUCUCACAGACUCUGCAGUGGAAUUAGCUUUAAUUUAA